AUGAAGAGGUUUAGAACCCUAGUGGGGUCUGAACGAUAUGAAGCACAAUGCAGUUGCAUCAGCUGCGCUCGAAGCGGCACGGUGGAGAAAGCGGUUGGAAUCGAUGUGGAACCGCUGCGAACUGCAGCUAAGAAUGAACAAGUUACUACCCGAAUUGGACGUCUGCGGACGAGAGGAUGUGGUCCAACGCCACCUUUGAUAAUCUUCUUCGCUUGCGCUCCAUCAUCAAGCUAUGAAAAAGAAGAAGACAAAGGGUCACAAUUGAUGAUUUCAACGCCAAUAUUGGCCCGACAAGAACUCCUGAAGUACUUGACAUUGGAACCCACGGCCUACAAGGGAAUGAAGAGGGCAGAGGAGAGAAGAGCAGAAGUGCUGGCUGAAGCUGCAGAGGCGGAUAAAAGCAUCGGCUAUGCCCGUCGAGACUUCGCCAGUCGCAAGACCAAGGAUGGCUGCACUCCGGAACCCGAAGGGAACAACCAUUGCAUGAGGAAGGGGAGUGGAGAAAAUCAUCCACGAUUUCUACUCAGAUCUCUUCGACAGCCACAUUCACUUGCCUCCUCACCAUCUGAGGGAAGAUAG